AUGACGAGUGCACACAGUGAGGAUCUGCCAGUCCUCAUCAUCAGUGCCGGCUCUCCCUGCAUCUUCCGCACCCCAUUUUUCCAGCUCUUCUUGCUCAUGGCCGGGCAGGGUCAUUCAGGGCAGCAGAUGGAUAUGGUGCUCUGCCAGAGCAUUCCUGGGACCAGCCCCUGCCUGACACAGACUGGGGGCACAGGGGGCUGGCUGAGGCCCCCGCUCCUGCCUCUCUCAAUCCCCUUGCAGAUCGUGGACCUGGACGUGAAGCGAAACCGCAACCGCGAGGCCCUGCGGGCGCUGCAUAAGGACCCGGAGCCCGACGACAAGGCCAUGGUUUGCUUCGGGAACAUGUUCAUCGAGCUGCCGAAGGCAAAGACCCGGGAGAUGCUGCGACAGGACCAGGAAGAACUGGAUGAGGAGAUAAACAACCUCCGGAAGGAGCUGAGGGUGAAGGUCAACCGGCUCUAUGAAGCUCAAGGUAAACCUGAGCUGAAGGGGUUUAACCUGAAUCCCAUGUCUGCUGAGGAGAUGAAGCUCAUCAACCGCAUCCUGGAGAGCUGAGGUGGCCAUGCCAUUGUCACAGCAUGUUUGGCUGUCACUGUGGGCUCCUGUUUCUAUAGCCACAGUCUUUGGGAUUUGCAGGACAUUGGUGUGUCCAGAGUGAACCUUCCCAGGGUGAAGGCCCUGGGAAUCAUUUGGCUCCUCAGCUACAACUCUGCAGUUUCUUUGGAUCAUAAACCCUUUGCUGCUCUGUGCUGGACCUCGGGUGGCAGAGUUGUGCUGGACAGAGUGCUGGGGGUUGGAAAGGCUGGGGUGGAAGUGAGAUCAUUAAAAUCAGAGCAGUGGGACA